AUGUUUCCAGAUUACGACCGCUUUUCCCUUAUCGUCGUCGAUGGCUAUCUCCAAGGAGAUGAAGCUCUUGCAGGGAAUCCUGGGAGGCUGUACGGAUUUUUCCAGGGCCAGAGGAGAGGACGAGGAAAUUAUGCCAGAAUUAAAGGUCUCCUCGACAAACAGUGGGAUAAGUAAGGAAAAACUCACGACAUUAGCUUAAUCAAUUUUUUUUUUUAAAUACUCCAAAAACUAGAUAAGCAGUUCUUUAUGGAUAUCUUCUGGAAUUCGUGAGAAUAUUUUCAGUUGGCAGAAUAUACAUUUUUUACUGUUUUUAUUGAAUAGUUCAAUUUAAAUAUAAAUAUAUAUAUAUAUAUAUAUAUAUAUAUAUAUAUAUAUAUAUAUAUAUAUAUAUAUUUCAUAUCUUCAUAUAAAGUAUCAGUAAUGUUCAAUACUCUAUCAAUUUGUUCAAACUCGUUCAAUUCUCUUUCACUUUCAAAAUCCUAAAAGUUGUUUGGUAAAUAUAGACGAAUAAAACGGAAUAAUUUUGGUUUUUCAUUCACACCCCUUUUGAAAAUGAUAAGAAACAAAAAUUUAGUAUUUUGAGUAUUUCUUUCAAAAUCAAUUACAUAGUGCUUUCAGCAGAACCAAUGGAAGAAUUAUAG